GCAAUUCUUAUUAUAUUACACAAUAUCUCUAAUUCCAUCUUUCCAUUGGGGAUCUUCGCUCUUCGCAAGAUCUCUCUCUCUUAGUUUCUCCUUUCUUAGAUCUCAUUACUUCACAACUGUACCUUCCAAUCUCAGUAAAGCUGCAGUUAGAUCCCCAUUUCCAUCUCUUUGAUCUCUUUUCUUCCUUUCCGAUCCACUUUCCCGAGAAAAACUGACCCCUUUAAUUUCUCCUGCUUUCUCUGUCGCCAAACACAGAAUUAGACUUUGGCUUCACCUCCAGUUCUUUCUUAUCAUGGGGUCUCGGUCUUUCCCUAGACUUCUCCUUCUUUCGUUCUUCCUACUACUGGCUCUUCCCUGCAUAGCUGCUCAGGAUUCUGAGGUGGGAAAUGGCAAGGAAGAAUCAACUGUAUCGCUUAAAGAUCUCGGCCGCCGUGGCAUGAUAGUUACAAAUGACCUUGACGUCAAUUCUGUUGGUCUUGGACUUCAUGUCGACUCUGGUCUUGGAAUUUUUGAUGCAUUUAUUGCGAGCUUGUCCAUGAUUAUUGUCAGUGAGAUUGGGGAUGAGACUUUUAUUAUAGCAGCUCUUAUGGCGAUGCGCCACCCCAAGUCAAUUGUUUUGUCUGGUGCUCUCACUGCCUUGAUUGUUAUGACAGUACUUUCUACUGGACUAGGUAGGAUUGUGCCAAAUUUGAUAUCAAGAAAGCAUACAAAUAGUGCCGCUACAGUCCUUUAUGCAUUUUUUGGGCUGCGAUUACUUUACAUUGCUUGGAGAUCAGAUUCAAAAUCAUCCCAGAAAAAAGAAAUGGAAGAAGUAGAGGAAAAGCUUGAAGCAGGGCAGGGGAAAACAACUCUCCGCCGCUUCUUUUCUAGAUUUUGUACACCAAUAUUUUUGGAGUCAUUUAUAUUAACUUUUCUAGCUGAGUGGGGAGAUCGCAGCCAGAUUGCAACAAUUGCUCUGGCAACCCACAAAAAUGCAAUUGGUGUAGCUGUGGGGGCUACAUUAGGACACACUAUCUGUACUUCCCUUGCUGUGGUGGGAGGAAGCAUGCUAGCAUCUAAGAUCUCGCAAGGGACAGUUGCUACAAUUGGAGGCUUGCUCUUCCUUGGAUUUUCUUUGUCUUCUUAUUUCUAUCCUCCUCUAUAAGGAUGAAAUUGUAGGCUAACCUGAUUCUUUUAAUAGUGUGUAUUCACUUCAAUGCAGUUUUCAUUUUUCCUUCCUGAAUUUUUUGUUUAUGGAAAGGUUUUCUACUAACUGGUUUUCACCAGAAAGUUCUACUUAUUCUUUUGUAUAAUUAGCAUUUAUCGUCUUAA